ACUUCAGCUGCAGUAUCUACUCAUCUCUCUUUAACUUAAUCAUGGACACCCACUUUUACAACCCAAACAUGGCCAGCAACUUAGGAUGCAGCAGAAAAAAUGAGGGAGCUUGAGGAUAGUGAUGAUGGGGAAGACUGGUAUUGGGAAGAGUGCCAGUGGAAACAACAUUCUGGGACGACAGUGCUUUGAAUCAAAGUUCAGUGCCAAGUCUAUGACUGUAGAUUGUUCCAAGGGCAAAAGUGAGGUGAAUGGGCAACGGGUUGCUGUGAUCGACACCCCGGGCCUGUUUGACACCAGGUUUGGCAUGGAUAAAACUACUAAAGAUCUCUGCCAGUGCAUCUCUUACGCUGCUCCUGGACCCCAUGUGUUCCUGGUGGUCAUCAGGCUGGGCAGAUACACUGAAGAGGAAAAGCAGACAGUGCAAAGAAUUCAAGAAAUCUUUGGCCAGGCUGCAGACAGAUACAGCAUGGUCCUCUUUACUCAUGGUGACCUUCUUGAAGGCACAACUAUUGAGGAAUUCUGGGCGGACAGCCCGGACCUGCAGGAACUUGUGGACAGAUGUAAUGGCCAGUACCAUGUCUUCAAUAAUAAGCUGAAGGAUCGCUCUCAGGUCACUGAGCUGCUCCAGAAGAUCAGAGAUGUUGUCCAGAAGAACGGAGGAAGC